CUGAGCUGAGUACUAAGGGCUGAGAGUUGACGUUACGUUGCCCUGAGCUGAGGACGCCGCGGCGCAAUUGUUUCCCAGAAUCACGACUGCCCUGGCAGGGAGUGGCUGAGUGUGCGUGUGAGUGGUCACCUGAGUGGUUCCCUUGGGUCAGGUUAGUCUGGGGGAGCAGCGCCGAACUAAGGAAUGGAGAAAUCGGGGACCAACACAAAGGCGGGCAAGACCUAAGGGGUCCCAGUCAAUUGGUCCCCGUGGGCGCCUUCCAACUUCUUCCCUCUCCUUUUCCCUGGCACCACUCCUCAUUCAACCUUUUCACUCUCUAGAUCCCGUUGGCUCCAUCCAUGCAUCUCUUGGUCAAUCUCCCCUCAAAGACGGCCAUGACCUGAUUUGGUCAAGUUUGCAACACUCGUUGACAUUGAAUCUCAUUCAUCCACUCAGACCAGACUCUGAUGCUCUCAGCAAGUGCCUGAUUCUACUGUCGUUUUGUUUUCUCUCUCAGGAUUUACCACGGCACGACGCUCUUGGGUAACCACCAGUUCCCGAUUUUCGGCCAUUCACCACCCUCACAUCAAUAGCUCCAGAUCGUGGCUGCAGCCCGUCGUCGAUCUAGCUUACUCUGCAUCAUACCUUGGUGGAUAUAGGGACCAAUUCCCAUUUCUCGGUCCUCUUGGUCAAACCCCUUCUUUAGACGUCCCCGGACCCGGCGGGACAUAUCCAUAGCGACCACCAUGUUGUCGCCAUCAAUGUCGCUGAAGCGCUCCUUGCUUCUUUCAGCCCUCUUUACCUCUUCCCUGCUAUCGACUGGUGUAUUGGCGCAACAACCAUCGUCGUCGACAUCUAUCUCUCCUAGCUCGGCUAGCACAUCAAUAGUUACCAUGACUUCUACGGCAUCCGAAACCUCGCCUACUUCGACCGGAACUGAGACUAUCCCCCCAUUGACGAUUGGGAACACAGAUGCAGCGACGGGACCACCUACGCUCCUAACCGGUCUUCCAACUCUCACCAAAAUUGGCAUCCCGGAUUAUCCCGCGCCGACCGUUCCUCCUACACAAAAUGCGCCCUUCAUGAAGCACUCGUCGCUCCCCGACGGCACCGUCUUCAUCUGCGUCGGCGCUAUUCUCGGCGCCUUUGGUCUGGCUAUUGUCAUCUGGCGAACCGUCAUCGCUUGUCUCCUCCACCGUUCCGUCGAGCGCGCUGCUAUGGCCCAGAACCUUGGCGACGACAAGGGCUUCCCGUCCCCGCCCAAGUUCUACAAGUAUUCGGAUCUCAAUUCGAACCCCUCGCUCGUCGGCGGUAGCAACACCGGUCUCGCCAACAACCGCAAGUCGCGCGGCCCGGCGCCCGCCGCCGGUACCCCCAGCCAGAGCCAGUUGUUUUUCUCACCGACUGCGCAACCGGGAGACCGCAACAGCACCAUGGCCAACAACCGCCACUCGACCUUCCUCCCCUCCGGAUUCUACGCUUCUUCGGCCGCUGCUCCUAUGGGUCACAGUCACGGUAACUCGAUCAGCAUGUCGAACCUCCGCCCCAUGUCAAGACGGCCUAGUGGUGGUAGCAUGAUGGGACAGACGCCGCCCGAGUCGCCGAAUGUUGGACCGGUAAUGGGUACGACGACGAGGACAUCGCCGCCCAGAGGUUUUAGCAGUAGCUCAGUCAACCAGUUGAACAGGCCAGAGAGUGGGCGCGCACCGAGCGCGUUCUUGGAUGAUUUGUUGGGCGAUAACCCGCAGGCGUUCCCUCCUCCGGGGGGAUACAACAACCCGGGCUAUCACGGGGGUCAUCAUGAUCCUAGGCACAGUGGGAGGUAUUAAGUUGGUUGGGAAUUUGGAACAACCAGAAGACUUUGGGAGGCAAUCACGUUGGAGAACUCCAGGGACAUCACGUCAAAACAGCUCCGAACCCGAUAUCGCGCGGUGACAGCGCUGUGCACCUAAUACAAAAACCAAAAUUUCCUUCAACAUUUGGGGAGGCAUUCAAUUGAUCAGAGGAGUUCAUUGGUCCGGGUCUUGUUAUAGUUUGGGGUUUGCAAGUACUAAUCAUUAUCAUCAUUAUCAUUAUCAUCACCAUCGCCAUGACCAUCAUCAUUACUUACCUUAACUUACCUUACCUCUAUCAUCCACUUCAGUCUCAAAGUGCAUAUGUAUCGUCGAAUACCACUUUUUGUUCAUUGUGAUUUUCGCGAACGUUUUCUUUCGGAUUGAGGGGUUCUAACAGCGUUUUACUUACUGUUGUCUGUACAUGUGGCUUUCUGUCUGUUUGUCAACUCGUCGUGCAUUGCAUAAGUCAGCACUGCAGUAGCAUAGGUAGGCAGGCAUAGCGAUAAUGACUUGCGUAUCUUGGGAUUGCUGGAAAUAUUAGGUACACUAGUUGAGAUAAUAUCACGUCUCCUGCAUUUCG